UUUUGUCUGUGAAUCUUUCUCCCAUGCAUAAUUUGUUGGUCAACAACCACAACUCAAUAGAAUGAAUUCUUUAAGACUCCGGACUCUCUUUUUGUCUGGAGGGAAUCAUUGUUUCUCAAUCAAUCAUGCCUCAACUGGAUAAAUUGACUUAUUUCACACAAUUUUUCUGGUCAUGCCUUUUCCUCUUUACUUUCUAUAUUCCCAUAUGCAAUGAUGGAGAUGGAGUACUUGGGAUCAGUAGAAUUCUAAAACUAUGGAGCCAACAGGUUUCAAACCGGGGGAACAAAAUCCGGAGCAAUGACCCCAACAGUUUGGAAGAUAUCUUUAGAAAAGGUUUUAACACUGAUGUAUCCUAUAUGUACUCUAGUUUAUUCGAAGUAUCCCAAUGGUGUAACGUCGCCGACUUAUUGGGAAAUAGGAGGAAAAUCACUUUUAUUUCUUUUUUCGGAGAAAUAAGUGGCUCACGAGGAAUGGAAAGAAACAUCUUAUAUUUGAUCUCGAAGUCCUCAUAUGGCGCUUCUUCUUCAAAUCUUGGAUGGGUGAUCACUUGUAGGAAUGACAUAAUUCUAAUCCAUGUUCCACACGGCCAAGGAAGAAUAAAAAAAUAA